AUGUCCAUGUUUUCGACGUCAUUUGUCAAAAACAUAUUUCUUGGCAAAACAGUGUCCGAUCACGUGAUACCAUAUCCGAUCGAUUUGACGGAUGAAAGGCGCGAGAUGAUCAGUUUAAUUAUGGGCCCAACUAAAAAAUUCUUGGAGGAAAUCAACGAUCCUGCUAAAAAUGACGAGCAGGAAACAAUCCCAAAGGACGUUUUGUCGAAGCUUGCCGAACUGGGCGCGUUCGGUGCUCUGGUUCCUGAAGAAUUUGAAGGAGCAGGGAUGAAUAAUACGCAGAUGGCCAGGUUGGCAGAAGUUGUCGGCGCUUCAGACUUAUCACUAGGUGUGGUCAUGGGCGCACAUCAGUUUUCAACAUCAUUUGUCAAAAACAUAUUUCUUGGCAAAACAGUGUCCGAUCACGUGAUACCUUAUCCGAUCGAUUUGACGGAUGAAAGGCGCGAGAUGAUCAGUUUAAUUAUGGGCCCAACUAAAAAAUUCUUGGAGGAAAUCAACGAUCCUGCUAAGAAUGACGAGCAGGAAACAAUCCCAAAGGACGUUUUAUCGAAGCUUGCCGAACUGGGCGCGUUCGGUGCUCUGGUUCCUGAAGAAUUUGAAGGAGCAGGGAUGAAUAAUACGCAGAUGGCCAGGUUGGCAGAAGUUGUCGGCGCUUCAGACUUAUCACUAGGUGUGGUCAUGGGCGCACAUCAGUCUAUUGGUUACAAAGGGAUAUUGCUUUAUGGAACCGAUGAGCAGAAACGAAAAUAUCUGCCAGAUUUGGCAUCCGGAAGGAAAUUUGCUGCGUUUUGCUUGACUGAACCGGGUUCCGGAUCCGAUGCAAAUGUAAUUCGUCCAGUUGUUUAA